AUGAAGCUGAUUAUAUGGAUGUUUCUGGCCUAUAUUCCUGUAAUGGCACAUUUCCAUCAAGAUCCCAUGUUGGAUGGCCACUGGGAUUUAUGGAAGAAAACUUAUGGCAAACAGUAUGAGGGGCAGAAUGAAGAAGUAGCACGGCGUCUCAUCUGGGAAAAGAAUCUAAAGUAUGUGACGCUACAUAACCUGGAGCACUCCAUGGGACUACAUUCCUACGAUCUAAGCAUGAACCAUCUGGGUGACAUGACCAGUGAAGAAGUGGUUUCUUUGAUGAGUUCUCUGAGAAUUCCUCAUCAAUGGAACAAGAAUACUACCUACAGACUAAACACCAAUCAAAAGUUGCCAGAUUCAGUGGACUGGAGGGAGAAGGGAUGUGUUACUGAAGUGAAAUAUCAGGGCUCUUGUGGUUCCUGCUGGGCUUUCAGUGCUGUGGGAGCUCUGGAAGCACAACUCAAGCUGAAAACAGGAAAGCUGAUAUCCCUCAGUGCACAGAAUUUGGUGGACUGUUCAACUGAUAAAUAUGAUAAUCAUGGUUGCAAUGGUGGCUUCAUGACUAGAGCCUUCCAAUAUGUCAUUGAUAACAAUGGCAUUGAUUCAGAUGUCUCCUAUCCGUACAAAGCUAUGGAUGGAAAAUGCCAGUACAACCCAGCUAGCCGAGCAGCCACAUGUUCAAAGUACACAGAGCUUCCCUAUGGUGAUGAAGAAGCCUUGAAGGAAGCUGUGGCCAACAAAGGACCUGUGUCAGUUGGAAUAGAUGCAACAUCUCCUUCUUUCUUCCUAUAUAAAAGUGGUGUCUAUUACAACCCAUCCUGCACUCAGAAGAUUAAUCAUGGUGUGCUGGUGAUUGGUUAUGGAACCCUUGAUGGACAGGACUAUUGGCUUGUUAAAAACAGCUGGGGCCUCUACUUUGGUGACAAAGGAUAUGUGCGGAUAGCAAGAAAUAGAGGAAAUCAUUGUGGGAUUGCUAGUUUUCCAUCUUACCCAGAAAUCUAGAAGAUCUCUUCAUUUUACAUCUAAUCAUUUAAACAUGAUGGAUGACAUUUUGUUCUGAGUUUAAUUUUACUUAACUUCUACUAAUUAGUACAAAAAAACCAGAAAUGUAUGGUGAAUAGACUUAGCUAUAGUAAAAACUCCAUCAAUUCAUAAUUCUAGUGUGGCUGGGUUGAAUUGUAAUCUUUGCAUAUUCAUGGAAAAAGGUUUACUAAGCAAUUUAAUGUUGUUUUUAUAGAUGAUUACAGAAAAGAAUGCUUUAUUAAAAACAUUCUAAUUAUUCUUUAAUUUUCCUAUUUUUAUGAUGUAAUUAAUUUUGAAAUUGCCCCAAAGCCUUUUAGGAUUAUUUAGGAAUAAUUUAGGAUUUCUAUAUUUUUAAAUGUCUAUUAUUGUUACAUAACAUCCAUUUCUUAUUCUCAAGUAUCUGCAUAAGCUUUUAGAAUAUAAAUUACAAAAUAUUGACAAUUAAUUAUAGUUAUUUUGGUGGAAAAGACUACUGGUUCCUGUGUACAUAUUUUUUCUUCAUCAUAAACUCCAUAAGGAUAAAGACCUUGGGUUUUCCAUGUUUGUAUUCUCUUAUAAAGCCUAACAUAAUAUUUUGCACACGGUGGAUCAUUAUUUGCUUAAUAAAUGUUGAAAUAAAAAUAAACUUGAAGAAAAACCACA